ACACACCCCUCAAUCCAACACACACACCACCCCACCCCCAUAUUUGGACGGCGCAUACAUAGCUAAAAACGAAGUACAGUGCAACGCCAUAAUUCACUAAUACAUCAUAAAUCGUUGAAAGUACCCGCGUUAUAACGACCAAGAGAAAUCUAACAAAUCAAGCGCCCCUUAGUACUCAGCUGUGAGCUGCAACUCUCUAAAACAACCUAAAUGAGCUCUUACUUUGUAAACUCGUUCUCGGGGCGCUACCCAAAUGGCCCCGACUAUCAACUGCUAAAUUAUGGAGCCAGCAGCGGCGCAAUGAACGGCGGGACGUACAGGGACUCUUCCUCCGCCACCAUGCACCAUGCGACGGGUUCUUACGGCUACAGCUACAAUGGCAUGGACCUGACCGUCACCAACCGGGGAGGGGGCAGCGGCGCCAACACCGGAGGACACUUCGGGGGCGGCUCGGUCGUUGGGGACUCCCUGGGCUUCGGCUCCACAGCCUCGGAGAGGAGCUUCAGACAACCGUCCAGCUGCUCCCUCGCUUCUGCGGCAGACUCCCUCCUGUCACCCGGCGGAGGAGACACCAAGCUGGGCGGACAGAGCUCUUCUCCGCGCUCCGAGCAACCAGGAAGCGCGAAUCUCAGCUCUCCAAACCUGUCCUCCGCCUCUUCCUCCGGCGGUGGUGGAGGUGGCGGUGGCGGCUCGGCGCGGCGCUUCACGGAGCUGGAGGACGCGUCUCCAGAGGCAGAGGAGCUGCAGCACAACCGGGACACCGGGCACGGCGGCAACCUGUCGACCAGGGGUGGGCACUCGCAGCCCGGGCAGAAACAGGAGGGCGGCCCGGCGGGAGCAGCUGCGGGCGGCACGACGGGCAACGAGGCUACACCUCAGAUAUUCCCCUGGAUGAGAAAGCUGCACAUUAGCCAUGGUACACGCUGCUCCAGUGUUUCCUGCUUCUUAUUAUUAUUAGUGUGAUAAUUCUCUGUAGAUAAUAUUCAGAGUGCUGAGUCCUGUCUGUUUGGACACAUGGGGAGGGUGACAGUUUAGUGCUCUGUGCCUCUUUAGGAUACUUUUGUACACACUCUUCAAAAAUGGCUGCUGCCUUGAUUUAAGUUGAGUUAAACUGCUGACAAACAUGCAGCCGUGUUUGGCGGUGUUGUCCGCACCCCACAGAGCAUUUUCCACUGCGUCAGUUUAAUAUUUUCAUCUGACUGCCAGAAAUCAGUCAGCCGUGUGUCUCUGUCCUCCCAGUAAAGCUCAAACUAUCUGCUCUAAUUUGUGUGCAGCUUUCCUAGAGAGAGGAUUGCGCAGAUAAUUCAACGUGUAAUUUUUUUAUUUUACUAAUAACAAAGACAGCUGCCCUGCUGAGGUGAGCGUGUUGUGUCUCUGCAUCAGGCUGCAGUUCGUUUUACAUUUCCCUCCUGUAGCAGAGGACGCCGGAUAGUUUACCCCCUCUGUUCCUCUCCCCCGUUUUUAUUUUAGCAAAUUCCACAAAAGCGUCAUAAAUCUGUCAGGAGAGAGGAGAGCCGGGCAGCAGAGCCCAACAGGCUGAGGAGCGCAGACAGAGCCGGGUGGGAAAAGAGAAAAGAAAGAGGAGGCCAGGAAGGCUUUGGAGGCUGUAGCCCCUUUGAAAAGUGAAGCUUUAUUACGUGUGGGAACUUUAUUAGAGAGGUGAGGCAGAGGACGGGGCAAUAAAACCCUGAAGGGAGCUGGAGGGAAUGAAAAGGGGGGGAUUGAGAGGGUGACGGUGAAGAGGGGAGGUUAAAAAAGAAAACAUUAAUGUGACAAAUAAAAGCAAAUCUCUUAGCGAGGGCUGUGGAGUGGAAAUAAAAACGUGACGAGAAAGAGAGAGAGCUGUCAGGAUGAGGGGCUGAAAUAUGGCUGCGCCUUUACGCACGUUGAUUCUGAUGACAAUAUGGGUGAAAACAGAGUUGUGUUUGUGUGUGCUGCUAGAGAGGGGGUGGACACGAGAAUAUCAACACCUGUAGAGUCACUCUUUUAAAAUACAGAGAAAACACGGACACGCGUAAAGGUGUCCAUCCAGUAGGAUUCUGGUUCUGGUGAUAUUUGACUCAGAUGUGAAGUGUGUGUUGUUGUUUCUCUAAAUUAAUCCCAAAUUAAUCCGCGUGUCUGUGCCCACUCAGACCCCCCCUCCUAACGGCCUUUUGUUCGCUCCAAACCCUCAGAUAUGACGGGCCCGGACGGAAAACGGGCGCGGACGGCGUACACUCGCUAUCAGACCCUCGAGCUGGAGAAGGAGUUCCACUUCAACCGGUACCUCACGAGACGGCGGAGGAUCGAGAUUGCGCACGCGCUCUGCCUCACGGAGCGGCAGAUCAAGAUCUGGUUCCAGAACCGGAGGAUGAAGUGGAAGAAGGACAACAAACUGAAAAGCAUGAGCCUCGCUACGGCGGGCAGCGCCUUCCAACCCUAAAAUAUUAAAUACACAGAAAUCUAAAAAUCCUCCGUCCAUCUCUUUGGAAACCACGUGCAAGCUUCCCAGGAGAGGUAGAGAGACAAAAACUACAGAAACUUGAAGAAAAUACGAGAAGAAGGAGAAGAAGAAGCCAGCAGAGUGGAGCUCAAGGAGACGAGAUGAAGAAAAACAUGAAAAACAAGCAGAUUCCAAAAUGUAGAUUUCAGAAACAUUUCCCGAGUACUGUACAGCAGCGCAGCACUUUUUCUUUGUCGGCAUGUUGUUGGUCUUUGGUGUUUGAAAAAAUAAUGACUGUGGUACUUUCUCCUGUUCAAAACAAAAACUUGGUGUUCCUGUUUGUUGUCGUCGUUUUUUCAAAAGAAGUGCCCGGAGGAGGAGAGGAUGAAUAAUGCUACCUAACUACCUACAUCCUACCUACCUUCCUACCUACCUACCUACUACCUGUUGUUUGGUGUCUAAAUAUCGUUUUAUAUGUCACGUGCGAUGUUUUGUAUUUUAAAGUUAGCAUGUGUGCUCUUAUUGUAAGUUAUUUACAGCCAAUAACGCGAGUAUAGCGUAUUAGUCCGAGUCCCCCUUAACCUGCUAUUUACCUUCCACCAAAUCUGUGUGUGAGUGUGUGAGUGUGUGAGUGUGUGUGUGUGUGUAGGUGAGUGUGUGUACGUCUAAAACAAACCCUCGUAUCCAUCCAUAAUGUUGUGUAUAGCUCUAUUAUUCAGAAAGUGUAACUGUAUAUUAUUAUGAUGAUUAUUGUUAUUGUAAUUAUUGACUCCAUGCUUCAGAAAGGAUGUAUAUAGAUAUACUAUAUGGACAUUUUUAAAUGUGACCAGUUGGCUACCUGUAGUUGCAGUAUGUGUGUGUGUGUGUGUUAGAGAGAGAAAGUGUGUGUGUGUGGUUGUGAGAGAGUGUGUGUGCGCGCAUGUAAUGGAAAUGGCUACCGUCCUGUGAGGCCUGUAAGCUUUCUGCCAAUGAGCUUUUUGUAUUUGUUUGUAACUUGGAGUAAAAAAAAAGAAAACAAUAAAGUUUCCAAUACUCAUCCAAAAA